AUGGAACCACAACGCGCCAUACCAGACAAUAUCGAGUCAUUUUAUCACGACCAAUCGUUUGGCAAGCAUCAACCAUCCGCAAUCGUACCAGAUAAUACCACAUUCGCCCAGUUUUGCCUGGUAAAUUCCAUCGCUGUUUCGGAACAUCUCCCCACCCGGUCUGCGGAGAUCUCUACCCCAGGAUCUCACCUUGGCCCGGAAACCGCCCCCUCUCACCCAACUCAGCUCAACCAACAUCCGUGGUUGCCCUCUCAGAUCUCUGGAGGGCGAUUUUGGGAUUUCGCGACGGCAUCGGAUUUAGUGGAGGAUGAAAACGGUCAAGGAUCGAUGGGUGUAAUACGCAAAAAGACCGCCUCACGCGGCACGGAAGCUGGCACCAAGUUCCACUGCGACGUGUGCUCGGUCGACGUCACAUCAACAGUCAGAAUUUCCUGCGCGCAUCCUUCCUGUCAUGAAUACGACCUCUGUGUCCCCUGCUUCGCCGCUGGUGAGAGCUCCAAGAACCACGACCCGCCUACACACCCCUUCCAAGUCAUCGAACAGAACUCCGUCCCGAUCUUCCAGCCGGACUGGGGUGCGGAUGAGGAGCUUCUCCUGCUUGAGGGAGCUGAGAUUUAUGGUCUGGGCUCGUGGGCCGAUAUCGCUGACCACAUUGGUGGUUACCGCACUAAGGAUGAGGUACGCGACCAUUACAUCGACACAUAUGUGAACAGCUCGAACUUCCCACUCCCCGAUCGAGCCGAUCCUGAGGAUAGAAGCCUCCAAGAUGCGAUCUCAAAGGAAGAAUUCCAGAUGCGUAAAAAGCGUCGGAUUGAAGAGCGCAAAGAGGCAGCCAAGGCGGCGCCACCAACAACACCUAAGCAAAAGCCAACUGCCAGUGUACCGGCAUGCCACGAAGUGCAAGGAUAUAUGCCUGGUCGUUUGGAGUUUGAGACUGAGUUCCUCAAUGAUGCUGAGGAGGCGGUGCAACACAUGACCUUCGAGCCCGGAGCUGGCAUCGGCCCCAACGGGGAGAUUGAUGCAGAGACCGAGCUGAAGAUGACCGUAGUUGAUAUUUACAACUCGCGGUUGACGGCACGUACAGAGCGUAAGAAGGUGCUCUUCGAGCAUAACUUGUUGGAAUACCGCAAGAACAUCGCGCUGGAGAAGAAGCGCACGAAAGAAGAGCGCGACCUGUUGCACAAAGCCAAGCCGUUGGCACGCAUGAUGAAUAACAAGGACUUUGAUGACCUGAACAAGGGGCUGGAGUAUGAGCACAAUUUGCGUUUGGCAAUCUCACAGUUGCAGGAGUGGCGGCAAAUGGGCAUCGGUGACCUCAAAGCCGGUGAGAGGUUUGAGCAGGACAAGCAACAGCGUGCUCAGCGGAUGGUUCCUCAAGGAUCGUUUGAUCGCUUUGCCACCCCGCGUCCCAAGCAAGCCCAAGCCGCUGAUCCCCCGCCUUCCUCGAACCAGCUCACGACCCCUGAGUUGCCUCUUCGACUUCAAAAGGCUGCCAACCCUCACAAGCAGCCUGAUCCCGCCAAUAUGCCUAUGAAUGACUUUGACCUGAUGUUUGCGACGAAUGGUGAUGCUGUGCCCGCACCGCCGGUGAAGACUAAGUUUAUCGUGCAGCCACUCAGCGGAGUCCCACCAUGGAAACUGGACAGUGACCGCGCGGCCGAUCUUCACCUGCUCACCCCAGAAGAGAUCGAAGUGUGCAACGUGCUGCAUCUUAUGCCUAAGCCGUACCUGGUCGUUAAGGAGACCCUAUUGAAAGAGGCCAUGAAGCAGGGCGGCAGCCUGAAGAAAAAGGAUGCCCGUACAAUCUGCAAGAUCGAGGGCAAUAAGACAAGCCGGAUCUACGACUUCAUGGUGCACAGCGGAUGGAUCAACAAGAUGUAGUCAACCAAUGCAAGAGAGAUCGAUUUGUUUGAUUCUUCUUCUUAUCCAACUGGAUAUUCACAUCUACCAGUGAUUUGCUGCGGGAGCGUUUUUGAUUUCCUUGGCGUUUACUUGGGGACAAGGGGAAUUGCACGACGGAAGGUGUCUAUUUGUUUGUGUUCGUAAACCGAGGGAGCCUGGAAGGUAUUGCAGGUUGAACCGACCGUUUGGAUAUUAUUAUUAUGAUGAUUAUUAUUAUUAUAAUAAAAUGCUGCUUGUAGCCUUUUUUGGUACAAGUAGUAGAAACAGAGUCAGCC